AUGUCAGACCUGGAGGAUAUCGACCCUUUUUCAGAUACUCUUCCCUUUUCGGAUACUCUUCCUUAUACUAUAAACGAUGAUUCUGACGAUAGUUUUGAAAAAGAGGAAGAAAACCAGCUUAUCUCAAUAAACUUGAAUUAUCAGCCAGAGGUUAAAACACAAUUUUGUUGUCAACUUGAUAGGGACAUUCACCAAGGCGACUUUUUCAUUCAAAUUACUGGUGCACAAAAAACAGCUGAUAAUGCUGGAAGCACUUUUAUCACGUAUACUAUAAAGGCUGGGGAUCAAGAAGUUAGGAGACGUUAUUCGGAAUUUGAAUCAUUGAGGAAAUCGUUAAUGCGUUUAUACCCUACCUUAAUUGUUCCACCAAUUCCGGAAAAGCAUUCAAUCGCUGAUUACGCGACCAUGCAAGGCAAGGCCAAAGAGGACCUUACGAUAAUUGAAAAACGCAAAAGAAUGCUACAGAGCUUCUUAAAUCGUGUAUCAAAACAUCCACAAUUGUCAGGAGAACAUGUAUUUCACAGAUUUAUGGAAAGCAAUGUUUCUUGGAGUGAAGUGCUUCAUUCCUAUCCACUCUCUUCUCUUCCAAAGAACAUUCUUCAAACAUCACCUGUAAAUCUUUCACAAUCCAAUAUUUCACCCGUAGAUUCAUCUGCCCAUCCACCGCUCCUUACUCCAAGUGCAUCACAACCCUUGAAAAAACCUGAUCCCAAGUUUCUUGAAUCUGAGGCUUUUACAAAAAAAUUUUUAUAUCAUAUUAGCCAAAAUAUGGAAAAGACGAAUAAAAGGAUUUGGAAACGUUUGGGUGAUUUUUCCAACGAUUAUGCUGAAUUAGGGGCAAUUUACAACGGCUUUAGCUUAAAUGAAAGUGGUGACUUAGCAAAUGCCAUUGAAAAAGUAGGGCAAGCUGUGGAUUCCACUUAUGUGGCUACAGGAGAACUGGUUUCAUCACUUGAAGCUGAAUUCACCGAGCCAUUACAAGAGUAUUCACAAUUCGCGUCAGUAAUUAAACAAGUUUUGAAUUAUAGGCACAUGAAACAUUUACAAAUGGAGCUUACUGUUGAAACACUUGAAAGACAAAAAGCUGCACUGGAGGGGCUGGAAAAAUCCGAAGUUGAGGCUAAAAGGAUAGAAGAAGUUUUGAGUAAUGAACGUGUCAGUCCGGCCUCGCUGUUUCAACCAAAUGAAAAUAACGAUAAUUAUGAAAAUGAUCAUUAUGAAGAACUAUUCCAAAAUGGUGAUACUUCAUCAUCUACCGGAAGUGGUCAUAAUAAGAAACUCAGUGGCUCGAAGAUCUUUUCUGUGUUAAGUCAUACUAUUCAUGGUAUAAUGGAUGUAGAUCCGGAGGCUACCCGUAGAAAUAGUAUUGGCAAAACUCGUGAAUCAAUCAUUCAUUUAGAAGAAGCUUUAGAAACUACGGCUGAUGAUCUAAAGAAAAUAUCUACCUCUAUUCAAAAUGACCUUGACCGCUUUCAACGACAAAAGGUUCUGGAUUUGAAAGAGAUGUUAAUCGCCCACGCAAAAAAUCAUCUUAAAUGGUGUAAAAAGAAUUUAAGUAAUUGGGAAGAAGCGAAGGCUGAAGUUGAAAGGGUUCAGACGUGA